AUUUAUAUGAUCCCAGUGUACAGAAAAGAACAGAAAAGGGGCCGAAAAGCCGAAAAGUCACCGUCCAUCCAGCAUGAAGGACCUGCUCGCUCUGCUCUGCAUCGUCUAUGUUCUUGUCAUCUCAGCGGAAAGCUUGACGUGUAAGUCCUGUUCAAACCCAAAUGGAGAAACGUGCAGCUCCGAAGAGUCUAUAGAAUGUGAGGACGCCUCCGGAUGUGUCACGGUCGCUGGGUUUACACGGUUCAAUUCCACCAAAUACCCAUUUAUACACAAAGGCUGCCCGAUUGACAUCAAGUGUGGCACAUGGCUCUGCGUUACAAGUGGGGAACUUGACUUCCAGUCCUAUGUAAGCUGCUGCGAAGGAGAAAAUUGUAACCCGGAAUAUUUCAUACCUUUUGAUGAUUCAACAGAAAAUUGCGUCACCUGCCCGUAUUGCUAUGAAGAAGACAAUCUUGAUGGGUGCAAAUCUGAGACGCAAGAGAGAUGUAGGGGAGAUAACAACUUAUGUGUAGAAUAUCGAGGAAGAAUCCGGAAACCAGAUGGAUCCGAGCCACACGUAUCUUUCAAGUCUUGCGCCAACACCGUGGCAUUCAACAAGUUCUCCCUGGUUUUUGGCCUACAGGAAAUUGAUACAAAUGUAUUUAGACUUGUUGAUCCCAUUGAGGUGGAUGAAAAAUAAUCUGGUCCCUGGUCAGUCCAUAGAUAAAAGUGUCUGGUCCUUCUGACAUACGUGUCGCCCUUACGUGAGGAUGUGUUCACU